AUGACUGGCACGUACGAGAAGAAGCACAAGGUGACGGUCGUCGGCUCCGGUAACUGGGGCUCGACCAUCGCCAAGAUCGUCGCCGAGAACACGCGCGAGAACCCUAACCUGUUCGAGGAGAAGGUGCAGAUGUGGGUGUACGAGGAGGAGAUUCAGAUCCCCAAGGAGUCGAAGCACUACGACGAGUCCAUCGGUGACAAGCCCCAGAAGAUCACCGAGGUCAUCAACCGUGUGCACGAGAACGUCAAGUACCUGCCCGGCAUCGCCCUCCCCGACAACCUGGUGGCCAACCCCUCGCUCGAGGAUGCCGUCAAGGACUCGUCCAUCCUGAUCUUCAACCUGCCCCACCAGUUCAUCCGCAGGAUCUGCCAGGGUCUGCGCGGCCACAUCCUGCCCUACGCCCGCGGCAUCAGCUGCAUCAAGGGCGUCCACGUGUCGGACCAGGACGUCAGCCUGUUCAGCGAGUGGAUCGGCGAGGACCUCGGCAUCUACUGCGGCGCCCUGAGCGGUGCCAACAUUGCCAGCGAGAUCGCCCGCGAGAAGUGGUCGGAGACGACCAUCGCCUACGCCCCUCCGGUGAUAGACACCCCGGCCGCCACCCCGGCCGCCACCCGCAACGCCAGCCCGGCCGCCGGCGUCGCCGAGGCGCCCGACCUGGAGCACCGCGACGUCCGCGGCCGCAAGAGCAAGGUCACCCUGGUCCCCGUCCCCGUCCAGUACCCGUCGAUGGACCACGAGCUCUUCGGCAUCCUCUUCCACCGCCCCUACUUCCACGUGCAGAUGGUCUCGGACGUCGCCGGCGUCUCGCUGGGCGGUGCCCUGAAGAACAUCGUCGCCCUCGCCGCCGGCUUCGUCGACGGCCGCGGCUGGGGAGACAACGCCAAGGCGGCCAUCAUGCGCAUCGGCCUCAUGGAGAUGGUCAGGUUCGGCACCGAGUUCUUCGGUGAGACGGCCCUGGCCGAGACCUUUACCGAGACCUCGGCCGGCGUCGCCGACCUCAUCACCUCGAGCUCCGGCGGCCGCAACUUCCGCUGCGCCCGCACCGCCACCGCCAAGGGCAUCUCCGUCCAGGAUGUCGAGCGCGACGAGCUCAACGGCCAGAUGCUCCAGGGAACCUCGACCGCCUUCGAGGUCUACAGCUUCCUCGCCGCCCGCGGCCGCGUCGCCGACUACCCCCUCUUCGCCGCUGUCAACGGCAUCCUCAAGGGUGAGAGGACCGUCGACGAGAUCCCGACCCUCGUCUCCGAUACCUCGGACCGUCCCUCCAAGAACAAGCUGUAA